UCCAACUUCAGUCGAGAACUACGUCUGGUGGCUGCGCAAAGGCGGAAUUUCGAUUGCGGGUCCUCGCUUAAUUAACCGAACCGAAACUGAACCGAAACAGAAACAGAAACCGAAACCGUACCGAAACCGCUCCGUUCCGUUCUGUUCCGUUCCGAACCGAUCCGCAGGCUCGAUUACAACCGUGUAUCUAGAUUCGAAUUCUGACCGAAGUUGAAUAGCAAUCGCAGUAGCAAUAACAAUCGUAUAGUCUGUAGUGUUUAGUGUACAUAGCGGCGGAUACGUAACUCUAACUCACCACCCACAGUUGCCUUAACCAGUGCCAAAAAUCGAUUUUCAAUAAAUACUUACCUAGUGAUCGUACCUGUUCGCAUCUCGGCUGGCCCAAGUGUUCAAAAGAAACUCUAUGCCUAUGCCUAUGCCCUCCUUCUAACCGAAACCGCCGCAGUCAACUUGGAUCAAGAUGCACAUCCUCCACCGCACCAACGACCACCAGUUCGAGGACCAGAAGUUCAUGAUGGAACGCCUCAGUGGACAUGGGAGUCUAGGGCUGUCCAGCGGCAGUGCGGCGUACACAACGCAUUCCGGCGGACACACGGGGCGCAGCGGACCGGCGACGGGGCACAGUGGGCACAGCAGCACCCAUGGCUCGGCGGCCACCAUGCACCACCAGUCGCUGCAGUCGGACUUCCAGCCGCCCUACUUUCCGCCCCCCUUCCACCACUCCACGCAGAGUCCCCCCCAGCAACAGAUAUCCGGCUACUUGCAGAACCACGGGGCCCUCGAGUACCUGGGCACGGACCCCUACGGACAGCCCCUCUCCUCGCUGCACCACGCCCCGCUGCACCACUACAACCAGCUGGCGGGACUGAGGUCCACGCAGGACCAGCUGGGGAUCCACAGGACCCACAGAGAGGCAGAGCUUCAGGGACAUGUGACACAACUGUCACACGGGUUUCCGUACACGGACAGGAGGAGCGAUUACGGCAGUGCAAUAUCGGCGGGGGCUGCCCACGGAACCAGACUUGGUCACGAACACGAGUCCCUGGCGCUGCACCAAGCCCUCCAAAAUGCUGUCGAUGAUGUCCAAGCUCCUGCCCUCGACGACAACGUGGCGUUUAUGUCGGACUUGCCGCUUAUAAAGAGCAUGAAAAGCGGAAAAGAAGCCGGCAACAUUGGGUCGGGUUCGCCCAGCGAGGUAUUCUGUGCAGUUCCUGGCCGCCUUAGUCUCCUGUCGAGCACCUCGAAAUACAAGGUCACCAUAGCCGAGGUGCAGCGCCGCCUGUCGCCACCGGAGUGUCUGAACGCCUCCCUUCUGGGCGGAGUGCUCCGAAGGGCCAAGAGCAAGAACGGCGGGCGCCUGCUGAGGGAGAAGCUGGAGAAGAUCGGCCUGAACUUACCGGCCGGCAGACGAAAAGCGGCCAACGUAACACUGCUCACGUCCUUGGUGGAGGGGGAGGCAACGCACCUGGCCAAGGACUUUCACUUCGUGUGCGAAACCGAAUUCCCCGCCAGGCAGCUGGCCGAGUACAUCGUGCGCCACCAAACGGAACCGCAGGAUUCUUACCGACGGAAAGAGCUCAUACUCCACUCCCAGCAGAUUACGAAAGAACUUAUGCAGAUCUUAAGCCAAGAUCGGACCACCCACUUCGGUACGAGAUCACAGCAUUUGUUAGAACCCUCGAUGCAACGUCACUUAACACACUUCUCCUUGAUAACGCACGGAUUCGGAUCGCCGGCAAUUAUGGCUGUUCUGCACGCUUUCCAGACCUUUUUGAAUGAAUCUUUAAACUACUUGGAAAAGCUGUAUCCUUCGAAUGGCGGUGGGAUGGUGUCGUCAUCGUUGGACAAAAGUAAAAUUGACAACGAAAAAAAAUGAUAGGCUAUGUUGUAUAUUGCCA